AUGUUUUCCCCGGAGGUGAAGACCCUGUACAACGGCAUCCUGGCCGACAGGAGCACCUCGGUCAACCUGAAGAUCCAGGUGCUGAAGAACUUGCAGACCUACCUGCAGGAGGAGGACUCUCGCAUGCAGGAGGCUGACCAGCAUUGUGAGUAACCAGUACCCACCGCCUGCUCCGAAGCCAACCAACCCACUCGCACACCCUCUUACUGCCUCACAGCCUUUGCAUAGCUUGAUCUGUGCAAUCUGGAGUUCAAACAACAACAACAACAACAGACACACCCCGCCACUGUUUUUGGAGAACAGUUUAGGGAUAUUCCUAAUCCUGUGCCGCACGUGUCAAACAGAGCCUUAAAGGUUUGGUAGCCGUCUUCUCUUUAUUGUGUGUGCUGCUGUGCCUCCAGCCGUGGUGACUCUGUCUGUCUGUCUCCCGUCCUGCAGGGAAGAAGCUGUCCAAGCAGGAGGACCUGAAGGAGAUGGGGGACAUCUCGUCGGGCAUGAGCAGCUCCAUCAUGCAGCUGUACCUCAAGCAAGUUCUGGAGGCCUUCUUCCACACCCAGUCCAGCGUGCGCCACUUUGCCCUCAACGUCAUCGCGCUCACCCUCAACCAGGGCCUCAUCCACCCCGUGCAGGUAAACAAUGCUUGUUUGAAAAAAGAACGCUUUUUGGCAGUCUAUGACCACUCUGAAGUCCUAUCCCCCUCGAGGCUACCGUUUAGGCUUUUUUCUUUACUGGGAGAACAUGGGAAUGAAGUGCCCAUUCCAGAGGAUGUUUUCCUCAUACCAGUGUGUUAGGACAGGGGGUGUUCAACCUUUUCUUGCCCAGGGUCCCCCUCCCAGGCAAACCGGCGACCCAGGGACUCAUCAUACGUUAGCAAAACUUUUUUCAUCAGGUGAAUGAUAAUGGCAAGGAGAAGUAAUCAACAUUUUAAAAAAUGAAAAGAUUUGGUAGAUAAAUUAUUUUGACCUCACCCACAUUUAUCAUUGAAAGAGGAAGUGUAAACUCUGAGCCUAUUAGCCAGAAAGGUAACUCCAAAAGCAACUGCUUGGGAAGCAACUGCUAAGAGCAGCUGUUUAGCUGGUUAAACAAAGGUUAGCCUUACUGUAUGUCCAUGUCAAGAAAGCUUACCAAUAGCCAGCGACACCGGCAGCACUGGUAGCCUAUUUACAGGUAGCCUAUUAACGGGUGCUUUUUCAGUGUAAUUUGCUCAAUAUUAGGAGUUGAGAAUUAAAGUUGACAUCAUUUAGAAAUAAUAUAUCCUCUUUUCUGCUGUAGAUAUGUAAUUCAAACUUUGUUUAUUCUGUUGUUGCUAGCGAUAUUCCUAAAAACAAUUUUUUUUUAAAAUAAAGUUUUAUUUUUUGUAUGUAUAUUUCUCGGACCCCCUUCAGUACCUAGGGAUCCACGGACCCACUGUUGAAUAUCUCUGUGCUAGGAUGUUUUCCUCAUACCAGUGUUUAAAAAAAUAUUUUUUUAUACAAUUCGCAAUUGUUUAUACCGAUCUAAAACGACACAUAAGUCCGCAAUGCUUUAGGCUAGAAACAAGCGGUAAAAUGCCAGAGGAAGAUGCAACUCUGAUGCACAUGGGAAUAUAUUUGGUUUGUCUCUGACGUUCAGAAGCUGAGCUAUGACCUGAAGUCGAGGAGUCAAAGAAAUGUGACUUUGCUUGGGAAGUAAUCUAAUACAGUGUGACUUGCUAUCAAUUGAUUGAAUCACUAUAUGUAAGAUAUGAUGUAUAAUUAAAUUGAGGGUUCAUAUAAAUUAUCAUAAAACAUAUUUGGUAGCGAAAUAAUAUUUAGGGAAAUCGGGUCUUAAGUUUAUUUUCUAUCUAUUAUUAUUAUUUAUUUAUUUAUUUAUUUAUUAUUAUUAUUAUCAAAUAGCCUACCUAAAAUAUGUCAUGAGUCUUGUUGAAUUACAUAGAAUUGCAGGAAAUUAGGUUCAAAAAAAAGUUUUGUUAAAGGAGGGGGUAUUUUUUCAGAUGUGAAAAGGGGGCCCUGUUAGGAUGUGUUCCUCUGACCCUUAGGAUUUUUCCUCUGACCACUUUAGGAUGUUUUCCUCUGAACCCAUUAGGAUGUCUUCCUCAGACCACUCUUAGGAAGUUUUCCUCAGACCACUCUUAGGAUGUUUCCCUUGAACCACUUAGGAUGUUUCCUCAGACCCCAUUAGGAGUUUUCCUCAGAACCCCACUUAGGAUGUUUUUCGCAGACCCCAUUGGAAUUUUCGCAGACCCCACCAUUAGGAUGUUUUCGGCAGACCCCACUUAGGAUGUUUUCCGCAGACCCACUUAGGAUGUUUUCCGCAGACCCCACUUAGGAUGUUUUCCGCAGACCCACUUAGGAUGUUUUCCGCGACCCCACUAGGAUGUUUUCGCAACCCCACUUAGGAUGUUUUCCUCAGACCCCACACUUAGGAUUGUUUUCCUCAGACCCACUUAGGAUGUUUUCCGCAGCCCCACUUAGGAUUUUCCUCAGACCCCACUAGGAUGUUUUCCUCAGACCCAUUUAAAGGAGUUUUUCCGCAGACCCACUUAGGAUGUUUUCUCACUCACAGUGGUCUUCUUUUCUCCUGUGGAAACCUACCUUCAUCGCCAUGGGAACAGACCGGAGCCCAGUAUGAGAAACAAAGCGGACCAGCAGUUGGUUGAGAUCGACAAAAGUACACUGAUUCAUUCACGUGAGUCCAUGCUCGAGAAACGGUAGCAAACGUUCUCCCCAUUGUCCUCAACUAACUUCUACCCUCACAUUCAAAGGUGGUUAACCCUGCGUUUGAACUCCCUCACCGGGUGACCAAAGGAUGCAUCCCAUUGGCACCUAUUCCCUAUAUAUGCACGACCUUUGCACCAGAGCCCUAUCGUCCUUGGUUUAAGUCGUAUUGGGCGCCAUUUGGAGCAACCAAAGGGGUGGUUUCAGCCUCUAGCUGACGGAGUUCUCCCCUCUACGAUGUUAGCCUUAAUGUGCAUCACAGUUUUCUCAACCAAGCUGCUUACCUAUUGCAGGCAUCAUGGGUCCGCAAGGCUACCGGGGUUCGGCGGCGGACCACAAGCUGGUUUUUAGACAUGUUUGCAAGGUAUUUUGGUCAAAACAAAAGUUUCUCAAUACUUGUUAUAUACCCUUUGUUGGCAAUGACACAGGUCAAACGUUUUCUAUAAGUCUUCACAAGGUUUUCACACACUGUUGCUGGUAUUUUGGCCAUUCCUCCAUGCAGAUCUCCUCUAGAGCAGUGAUGUUUUGGGGCUGUCGCUGGGCAACACGGACUUUCAACUCCCUCCAAAGAUUUUCUAUGGGGUUGAGAUCUGGAGACUGCUAGGCCACUCCAGGACCUUGAAAUACUUCUUACGAAGCCACUCCUUCGUUGCCCGGGCGGUGUGUUUGGGAUCAUUGUCAUGCUGAAAGACCCAGCCACGUUUCAUCUUCAAUGCCUUGGUGAUGGAAGGAGGUUUUCACUCAAAAUCUCACGAUACAUGGCCCCAUUCAUUCUUUCCUUUACACGGAUCAGUCGUCCUGGUCCCUUUGCAGAAAAACAGCCCCAAAGCAUGAUGUUUCCACCCCCAUGCUUCACAGUAGGUAUGGUGGUCUUUGGAUGCAACUCAGCAUUCUUUGUCCUCCAAACACGACGAGUUGAGUUUUUACCAAAAAGUUCUAUUUUGGUUUCAUCUGACCAUAUGACAUUCUCCCAAUCCUCUUCUGGAUCAUCCAAAUGCACUCUAGCAAACUUCAGACGGGCCUGGACAUGUACUGGCUUAAGCAGGGGGACACGUCUGGCACUGCAGGAUUUGAGUCCCUGGCGGCGUAGUGUGUUACUGAUGGUAGACUUUGGUCCCAGCUCUCUGCAGGUCAUUCACUAGGUCCCCCCGUGUGGUUCUGGGAUUUUUGCUCACCGUUCUUGUGAUCAUUUUGACCCCACGGGGUGAGAUCUUGCGUGGAGCCCCAGAUCGAGGGAGAUUAUCAGUGGUCUUGUAUGUCUUCCAUUUCCUAAUAAUUGCUCCCACAGUUUAUCUUCAAACCAAGCUGCUUACCUAUUGCAGAUUCAGUCUUCCCAGCCUGGUGCAGGUCUACCAUUUUGUUUCUGGUGUCCUUUGACAGCUCUUUGGUCUUGGCCAUAGUGGAGUUUGGAGUGUGACUUUUUGAGGUUGUGGACAGGUGUCUUUUAUACUGAUAACAAGUUCAAACAGGUGCCAUUAAUACAGGUAACGAGUGGAGGACAGAGCAGCCUCUUAAAGAAGAAGUUACAGGUCUGUGAGAGCCAGAAAUCUUGCUUGUUUGUAGGUGACCAAAUACUUAUUUUCUACCAUAAUUUGCAAAUAAAUUCAUUAAAAAUCCUACAAUGUGAUUAUCUGGUUUUUUUUUUCUCAAUUUGUCUGUCAUAGUUGACGUGUACCUAUGAUGAAAAUUACAGGCCUCUCUCAUCUUUUUAAGUGGGAGAACUUGCACAAUUGGUGGCUGACUAAAUACUUUUUUUCCCCACUGUAUAUUCCUAGGUCCCUCAAAUUAAACAAAAUCAAGCUGGUGUUGUAUUUACUAUAGGCUAUCUCAAUUUAAAAAAAGUUUUUAAAGGAGGGGGUAUUUUUCAGAUGUGAAAAGGGGGCCCUGUUAGGAUGUUUUCCUCUGACCCCACUUAGGAUGUUUUCCUCUGACCCCACUUAGGAUGUUUUCCUCUGACCCACUUAGGAUGUUUUCCUCUGACCCCACUUAGGAUGUUUUCCUCUGACCCCACUUAGGAUGUUUUCCGCAGACCCCACUUAGGAUGUUUUCCGCAGACCCCACUUAGGAUGUUUUCCGCAGACCCCACUUAGGAUGUUUUCCGCAGACCCCACUUAGGAUGUUUUCCGCAGACCCCACUUAGGAUGUUUUCCGCAGACCCCACUUAGGAUGUUUUCCGCAGACCCCACUUAGGAUGUUUUCCGCAGACCCCACUUAGGAUGUUUUCCGCAGACCCCACUUAGGAUUUUUCCUCUGAACCCACUUAGGUUGUUUUCCUCUGAACCCACUUAGGAUGUUUUCCUCAGACCCCACUUAGGAUGUUUUCCUCAGACCCCUACUUAGGAUGUUUUCCUCAGACCCCACUUAGGAUGUUUUCCUCAGACCCCACUUAGGAUGUUUUCCUCAGACCCCACUUAGGAUGUUUUCCUCAGACCCCACUUAGGAUGUUUUCCGCAGACCCCACUUAGGAUGUUUUCCGCAGACCCCACUUAGGAUGUUUUCCGCAGACCCCACUUAGGAUGUUUACCGCAGACCCCACUUAGGAUGUUUUCUGCAGACCCCACUUAGGAUGUUUUCUGCAGACCCCACUUAGGAUGUUUUCCUCAGACCCCACUUAGGAUGUUUUCCUCAGACCACUCUUAGGAUGUUUUCCUCAGACCCCACUUAGGAUGUUUUCCUCAGACCCCACUUAGGAUGUUUUCCGCAGACCCCACUUAGGAUGUUUUCCGCAGACCCCACUUAGGAUGUUUUCCUCAUACCAGUGUGUCUUCUUUUCUCCAGUGUGUACCGUACCUCAUCGCCAUGGGAACAGACCCCGAGCCCAGUAUGAGAAACAAAGCGGACCAGCAGUUGGUUGAGAUCGACAAGAAGUACACCGGAUUCAUUCACGUGAGUCCAUGCUCGAGAAACGGUAGCAAACGUUUCCCCAUUUGUCCUCAAACUAACUCCUCCCUCACAUUUCAAAGGUGGUUAACCCCGCGUUUGAACCCCUCACCGAGUGACCAAAGGAUGCAUCCCAAUUGGCACCCUAUUCCCUAUAUAGUGCACGAACUUUGACCAGAGCCCUAUCGUCCUUGGUUAAAAGUCGUAUAGGGCGCCAUUUGGGAUGCAGACCCAAAAGGCUGGUGUUUACCAGCUUUAGCUGACGACGUGUCUCCCCUCUACAGAUGAAGGCAGUGGCUGGGAUGAAGAUGUCCUACCAGGUGCAGCAGGCCAUCAUGGCGUCCCGCAAGGGCAUCAUCCGGGGCUUCCGGCAGGACGAGACCACCUCGGCCCUCUGCGCCCACCUCUUCUCCAUGGUCCGAGGGAACCGGCAGCACCGGCGAGCCUUCCUCAUCUCCCUGCUCAACCUGUUUGACGACAGCUCCGUGAGUCUCCUCGUACCAAACCCCAACCCCGCCUCUUUAUCAAUCCACUUUUUGCUUGCUAGUUUGUAUUAUGUUUUCUUACUGAGUUGGCCAGGUCUCUCUUCUGAUAGGCUUCCUGGGUAAAUAAAGGUUAAAGAAAAUAAAAAAUACUAUUGUUUCUAAGUCAAAUGUUAUUUGUCACGUGCAGAAUACAACGGGUGUAGAUAUUACAGUGAAAUGCUUGCUUACAAAGCCUUCCCAACUAUGCAGAGUAAAACUAUAAUAGGAACAGGAAGAAUAAAAUACACCAGAAUGGAGCUGUAUACAGGAAGUACCAGUACCGGAUCAAUGUGGAGCUAUAUACAGGAAGUACCAGUACCGGAUCAAUGUGGAGCUAUAUACAGGAAGUACCAGUACCGGAUCAAUGUGGAGCUAUAUACAGGAAGUACCAGUACCGGAUCAAUGUGGAGCUAUAUACAGGAAGUACCAGUACCAGAUCAAUGUGGAGCUAUAUACAGGGAGUACCAGUACCAGAUCAAUGUGGAGCUAUAUACAGGGAGUACCAGUACCAGAUCAAUGUGCAGAGGUACGAGUUAUUUGAGGUAGAUAUGUACAUGAAGGCAGGGUAAAGUCACUAGGCGUCAGGAUAGAUAAUAAUAAGGUAUUUGAGGUAGAUAUGUCCAUGAAGGCAGGGUAAAGUGACUAGGCAUCAGGAUAGAUAAUAAUAAGGUAUUGAGGUAGAUAUGUACAUGAAGGCAGGGUAAAGUGACGAGGCAUCAGGAUAGAUAAUAAUAAGGUAUUUGAGGUAGAUAUGUACAUGAAGGCAGGGUAAAGUGACUAGGCAUCAGGAUAGAUAAUAAUAAGGUAUUUGAGGUAGAUAUGUACAUGAAGGCAGGGUAAAGUGACGAGGCAUCAGGAUAGAUAAUAAUAAGGUAUUUGAGGUAGAUAUGUACAUGAAGGCAGGGUAAAGUGACGAGGCAUCAGGAUAGAUAAUAAUAAGGUAUUGCGGUAGAUAUGUACAUGAAGGCAGGGUAAAGUGACUAGGCAUCAGGAUAGAUAAUAAUAAGGUAUUGAGGUAGAUAUGUACAUGAAGGCAGGGUAAAGUGACUAGGCAUCAGGAUAGAUAAUAAGAGUAACAAUAAAGAACAGAGAAGCAGCAGCAUAUGAUGAGUGUGAAAGUGUGUUGUCGGUAUGUGUGUGUGUGUGUGUGUAGUGUGUGUGUGUUGUCGGUAUGUGUGUGUAUGUGUGUUGUCGGUGUGUUUGUGCGCGUUCUACUGACGGUUUGUGUCUCUUGUGCCCCUGCAGAAGACUGACGUGAACAUGCUGCUGUUCAUAGCAGACAACCUGGCCUGUUUCCCCUUCCAGAGCCAGGAGGAACCCCUCUUCAUCAUGCACCAUAUAGACAUCACACUGUCUGUGUCCGGGAGCAACCUGCUGCAGACCUUCAAAGAGGUCAGACGCACGCACGCGCACGCACGCACGCACGCACACACACACAAAAGCAAACACACAAACGCAAACCUUUGCACUCUUAACAUGAUCAAAUAUACUUGUCGAGACACACACACACACACAGUACCCAUUCAGAAUUCACACAAAUAGGCAGUUUGUUUGUUGGCUAUUCUUCAUUUGUUGACAGAUGCCCCGCUCUCAUUCUCUCCCCAGUCUCUGUUGAAGGAGCCGCGGCGUCGCGAGCCCAAAGUUAAAAAGGAGCACCAUUGGAAGAACGGCUCUGGCGGGGAGGAGGACGAGGACAAGGAGGAGAACUGUGACUCCCCCAGGAGCGAUGAAAACUCGAACCCUGAUGAUGAUGAUGAUGAUGAUGGUGAGGUGGUGCGGCGGCGGCCUAAGAAGUCCAAGAGGCCGGUGGUCGUGGAGGACCCCAGCUCUGAGUCGGAUUUGGACCUGGAAGACCUGGACGUGGAAGAUGUGGACCGGGUGAUGCGGCGGCUGCCUGAGAACGCCACGCCGCUCCUGGAAUUUGCCAAUGCCUCACAGGGCAUCCUGCUGCUCCUCGUGCUCAAACAGCACCUCAAGAACCUCUACAACUUCUCAGACAGGUGUAUAUAACAUAACCUAUAAUAACAAUUACAGGUGCCUCACACAUGACAUCCCUAUUAAGGUUUAUAGGCAAAUCUGGGUUCAAAUACUAUUCUAAAUCCUUUCAAAUACUCCUGUUUGGUUAAAGCAAAUGAUUUUGAAUAGUAUUUGAACCCAGUUCUGUUUAGAUGCGCAUUUAGGAUGGUUCAAACAUAAAGUGCUCAAUCUCUCAAAUGUAUCGAUGUUGAAUUGAUUGUCAACUGGCUAUGACAAACACCUUUUGAACUCCCCUUGAUCACUCAUUUGAUUGAUUGAUUGAUGUGGCUAUAGACUUAAGAUAAUUAAUGCACAACUUACUCACUUUCUCCUUGUCUGCAGCAAAAUCCAGAAGUACUCACCGACGGAGUCGGCCAAGGUGUACGACAAGGCGGUGAACAGGAAGACCAACGUCCACUUCAAGCCCCGACAGACCAUCGACUUCCUGUCCAACAACUGGGCCAACGUGGUUCUCACUCACGACAUCAAGAAGAGGAUAGUCAAGCAGUACCUGGACGUGAGUGUUUACACACUGGCACCACCUGCAUGUCCCAAUCAUGGAAUUUUACUGCCACUACUUUCUAGCCAGUCAUUUUGAGGUCCCUUUUCAACAUUUUCAAGUCUUCACUACUUUGUAGCAUCAAUUUACGAAUCGGAAGAAAAUGCGCAUUACGAAAGCAAACGUGCACAUGGAAUGACCCGAUAAUCCUCUGCCUCUCUUGUGUCCCACUAGUUCAAAACCCUGAUGGAACACUUGGACCCAGAUGAGGAGGACGAGGAAGGGGAGGCGGCACAGGCCAGCGCCAACAUCCGAAACAAAGCCAUAAACGCACUGCUGGGAGGGGCCGGCCACGGGCAUCUUGCACCAGUAGAGUACGAUGAGGAUGACGAGAGUGACGGAGAUGAGAGAAUCCCUGGGGUGAGACCCACAGCCAAGCUUUUCCUUUACCAGCCUUUACCGCUAAAUACAAUAGUGCCUUCAGAAAGUAUUCACACCCCUUGAUUUAUUCCACAUUUUGUUGUUACAGCCUGAAUUUAAAAUGGAUCACUGGCCUACACACAAUAGCCCCAUAAUGUCAAAGUGAAAUAUGUAUUUAGAAAUGUUUACAAAUUUAAUUAAAAUUGAAACGCUGAAAUGUUUUGAGUCUAAGUAUUCAACCGCUUUGUUAUGGCAAGCCUAAAUAAUACACAUUUAUAAAACAGGCAUUGAAUAUCCCUUUGAUGGCUGCAUCAUGUUAUGGGUAUGCUUGUAAUUGUUAAGGACAGGGGAGUUUUUCAGGAUAAAUAAGAAACUGAAUGGAGCUAAGCACAGGCACAAUCCUAGAGGAAAACCUGGUUCAGUCUACUUUCCACCAGACACUGGGAGAUUAAUUCACCUUUCAGCAGGACAAUAACCUAAAACACAAGGCCAAAUCUUCACAGGAGUUGCUGACCAAGAGGACAGUGAAUGUUCCUGAGUGGCCGAGAUAUAAUUUCGACUUAAAUCUACUUAAAAAUGUAUGGCAAGACCUGAAAAUGGUUUUCUAGCAAUGAUCAACAACCAAUUUGACAGAGAUUGAAGCAUUUUGAAAAGAAUAAUGGGCAAAUAUUGCACAGUCCAGGUGUGGAAAGCUCGUGUGGAAAGCUCUUAGAGACUUACCCAAAAAGACUCAAAGCUGUAAUCGCUGCCAAAGGUGAUUCUAACAUGUAUUGACUCGGGGUUGAAUACUUAUCUAAUCAAGAUAUAUUAGUGUUUUUUAUUUUCAUGAAUGUUUUACAAAUGUUAGAAUUUUCCUUCCACUUUAACAGAGUAUUUUGUAUAGAUUGUUGACAAAAAAUGACAAUGAAAUCUCUUCUCUCCUCAGUCCUCUCGGCGGGCGAAACGUACAGGGGACCCCGGGAACCUGAACGAGAGCGUGGACUCUAUGGACGUCAUCGCCAUCCAUUGCCCCAAGCACAAGGACCGUCCGCAGCUCGCCCGGGUCAUCCAGAAGAUCAGCACAAGCUACAGCGUGCACUGGAUGUCCGGCUCCUACUCUGGCCCCUGGGCCGAUGCCAAGAAACGGGACGGACGCAAAACGGUGCCUUGGGUGGACACUAUUAAGGAGUCUGACAUCAUUUACAAAAAAAUCGCCUUGACCAGUAACCACAAACUGAGUAACAAAGUGGCGCAGACUUUACGGUCACUGUACGCUGCCAAGGAGGGGACUUCCAGUUAA